AGUGUGUCUAGUGUUGUCAAAAUAAUUGAGAACAGUUAGUCAUGGAGAAGAACAGCAUAAUUUGGGAGCAAAUCUUUGCGGAUUUCCAUUUUUUUUAGCUGAAUACAUAUCACAAGACAUCCCAACAGGCGAUAAGAGUGGUUUGUCAAUCAGGGUUUAAUCACCGCAUUGACCAUCAAAUAUCGUGGUUAAGGAUUUCUCCCGAGAGAACCACUGUUACCUCUUGUAUUGGUUGGAUAUAUUUUUUCUCGAGAACAACGUCUGUUUCAGCCGCGUUCUAUGUGACAUACAUCGUAUCCCUUUGAGAUAUUUUGUAUUUCUGUGAGGGAGUAUUAUGUUAACGCAACCUUCUCCAUCUAACAGAAUAUUUUAAAGAUCUGCUAACAACGUUUGUGUUUCUUUUUUUCAAAUCAUGGCAAAUAAAUAUCUUCUGAAGAUGAUGUUGGUACUGUGCGCGUGUGUACUAGUCUACAUAUGGAUAAUUGGCUGUGGUGUUAGGAAUAAGAAAUGCUCAGAAACCCUCACUGAUCAUCCUAGAAACAGACGGAUUGGAUCCCCUGGGCUAAUACACAACUUGAAGAACAAAGCUGUUGCUAGUGAUAAAAGUUCCAAUUAUGUAUCAAUAAUUUAUUUAACACCGACGACGUCGACGACGACAACAAUAACAUCUAAAUCAGCAAUUACAUUAUCGUCAGCAUCAACAUCGCUAUCAUCAAAAAUGAAAUUAACACACAUAACGACCUACAACAGCAAAAAGAGCAAUGACGGUCACGACAUCAACAUCGCCAUCCUCAAUUACGACAACAGAUCUGAAAACUACAGUCGAUCCUCUAGCUCGCCCUGAUAAUUGUUCAGUUUGCUUCAUGCAUAACUUUAGCUAUAUUCAUAUUCAUAAGGACAUAUGUAGCGAGAAGGAACCUUCCAAUAUAGAUAUUGUUAUUUUGAUCUCGACAACACCAGCCAAUCAAUACAAGAGAGAGGUGAUCCGGAAGACAUGGUUGGACAUUUCUAAAAACAACACCUCGAACAUAAGGUACGUGUUCUUGCUUGGUGCGCAGUCUAAUAUAACGGUUAGAAAGCACAUAGCCCGCGAGUUUAAUCAAUAUUCGGACAUCGUACAGGAAGAUUUUGUUGAUAGUUACAAUAACCUGACAUUAAAGACACUAAUGGGAUUUAAAUGGGCAAACAUGUAUUGUUCUUCUGCAAAAUUCGUUAUGAAAACGGAUGACGACAUGUAUGUCAAUGCAUCAAAUUUGUUGAAAAUUGUAAGAGACUACAACAAACAGCUUAAUACGUCCAUUGGAGGAGCUUGUAAAUACGUAGCAUUCCCUAUUCGGGACAGUAGAUCUAAAUGGUACGCAUCAUUCCGUCAGUACCCGAGGUCCGAGUAUCCGGGAUACUGUUCAGGGACAGGAUAUGUUACUAGUAUGGCCGUCAUACAAAAAGUUUUUGCAGUUUCAAAAGACGUGCCGUUCUUUUAUCUUGAGGAUGUGUAUGUUUCCUUGUGCAUCAAGCGUCUUGGUUAUUCGCUAAUAAAUCUAGAGGGAUUUAAUGCUGCACACGUACCUUUGGAUGUUUGCGUGUAUAAGGGCUCAAAAAUGGUAACUUCUCAUGGUGUGACCCCAGAAGACAUGGUUUCUAUGUUUACACACGAUUGUAUAAUAACAGAUAACACUACUCGAACGGAGAAAGUUUGAAUUGCCCGGUUAUUUCCUUUUUAAAAACUUGGCUACCACACAAUAAUCAGCACUGCGAAUAAUCCAUUGAUACCAUUAUUUCUAAUAUCUAUCAAUAUCACUUAGUAAUCGCAUCAACCUUUAUUAAUGUAACACAGUAACACCACACAGUAACCACAUCUAUCAUUUAUUAAUGUAACACAGUAACACCACACAGUAACUACAUCUAUCAUCUAUAUAUGUACCACAAAUACACCACACGGUAAUCACGUCAAACGUAAAGAAAUAAUGCAUAAUAAUAAACUAUAACAUUAUCCACCUCAGUUUACAGUCUGUUACCUCAACUUGAUUAAUUCUUUUGUUAUGAUAUGGUCUCUUUAUCUGGUCAUAUCUUAUCCUCAACACUGCGUUAUUACAUCUGUAUAUUAAUAUAGUUUUACAAUGACCCAACAUUGUGAUAAGGUGAGGCUUCUUUAUAAGACUGUCAUUUUAAGGUAUUUACGAAUAAAUUUAGCACCCAACUGUUCUGGUCACUUGGUGGUCAUUGUUUAUUAGACUGUUCCUAGAUAAGAUUAUAUAUAACAUUUUAUGGCUUAAGGUGACGCUGUACUACCACCAAUCCCCACCAGCUUAAAUAUGUUUUGUCAUAAUUAAUUGAUUGAUUAAGUGAUUGAUUUUGUAUAUCGUCAAUAACUGCAUAUUUUCAAUAUCUUCAUUAAGUGUUGUUAGCCUUAGCCUUGUUUCUGUCGUUUUCAUGUAUUGCGUACAUGUAAAGAUAUAUAUACAUGUAUAUCUAUUACGCAUAGUUACGUAUGGUAUGGCAGCAGACUUUAAGUAGGUUUGCAAUUUUAGAUUGAUAAUUGGCAUUUUCAGUUUCAUAAUUAUUCUUAAAUUUAAGCCCCAAAAUAUCCUAGAGGAUUUUUCAAUCAUGAUACAUUGUAAAAAACUGUAACAUGCAUAAUGAUGUACAUUAGAUACAACGAAUACUUUUCCAUCUUAGCUUGCUAGCAUUGUCACAUGAUGUAAACAAACUGAUUGCUCAGCAAAUUCAGAAAGAUUACCUGUGUUAAUCUUAUGAAUAGAUAAUUUUGUGUAAUGAUAGCUGAGUUGUCUUUAAUGCCAAUUUUAAUUUCUGUUCUGCUUAUAUAGACACUUGAUACGUAUCCGAUAAUAAAU